UUGACAGCAAAAUAAAAUACAUACUUGACUCUGUGGGUUUUAGUACCUAUUUUUCAAUAAAUUUCGGGUUUGGUGUCGGUCGGCGAUUAAAUUUAAUUAAUAUUGAGAUCUCUAAUUAAUUUAGGCGUCAAAUAAGAAGCUCAAAGAUGUCUUUAGAUUCUGAUACAGAAGCGGAUAUCUUGGAAAAUGUAGAGGAAGUGAUGGACAAUUUAUUAAAAGAACUUCAAGAUCUUUAUUCAUAUAGGGAUUUGUUUUUUGAAAACCACUCUAUUGAUUUGGCUGUGGAGAAAAAUAAACGGGUAGAAGAAAAGAAAGAAGUGUUAGUUGAGAAAUUUGAGUCAAUUGAUGCGGACACGCAAAUACCUGAAGUACUUCGAGCCAAAUUUCUCUACAUGAAAGGACGAUGCUAUAACAUAAGUCCUACUUACGAUGCAAGAGCUACACAAUGCCUCAGUAAGGCUGUUAAGCUUUGCCCAGCACUAAUAGAUGCGUGGAAUGAACUCGGAGAAAGCUAUUGGAAAAAUAUGAAUGUAAAAGAGGCGAAAUCUAGUUUUGAAGGUGCCUUGAAACAUGAACGCAACCGUUUGUCACUGCGAUGCCUAUCAAUCAUUCUGCGCCAGGAGAACAGUGAUAAAAAGCGUUCAGAAGCCCAUGCAGCUAUUAUGAAAAGCGUUGAUUUGGCUAAGGAAGCUGUAAGCCAGGACAUAAAGGAUGGGGUGUCCUGGUCUGUGCUGGGCAAUGCCUAUCUGUGUCAGUUCUUCAUGGUUGCUCAAGAUCCUGCUACAUUGAAGCUGUGUAUGAGUGCUUAUAAGCAAGCUUCAUUGGACCCCAUUGCUAAAGGACAGCCUGAUUUGUAUUACAAUAAGGGGAUUGCUCUAAAAUAUUCAGAGAUCUACGACGAAGCAUUAUUUAACUUUGAGUAUGCCAGUCGGUUGGACCCACCGUGGCAGCCUCCGAAGCAAGAGCGAAUGAGACUGGUCACCUUCUUGAAUGCAGCUCACAGCCUGGUGCGGACCAGGGGCAAACUGAAGGCUAAGAAGCUGGCUACUAUGGUGCAGGCCAUUGACAAAAAGAUGUUGGGCGUCUACGGCGAAGGUCUACAUGCUUUCGCUGGUCGCCGUGAGGUGGCGCUUGAGCAUACUCGCUUGGAUGCCUUGGAAGACGGUCCGAAUGAAGCCAGGGUGAUUCUGGGCAAAGUUGUGGGCUCCAUACAUAACGAUAAUGCGGUACCAUUCACAUUCGCUCUAAUAGACGAGAGCAUGGAAUGCGUGCUAGUGACGGUUUACAACUGGGCGGACGGUCGCGGCGCCAUCAUAGGCGACUGUGUCACCAUACCCGAGCCACUCAUGCGCACACACAAGUAUGAGGCGGAAGAUGUGAGCUUCGACUUCAAGUCAAUACGUAUCAACAAUCCUCUGCUUCUUCUUGUGAACGGGAAAAGGGUCGCACGCAAUCAGUUUGCGUGCACGAGAGUCACCAGUACCUAUGAAAUACACUGAGAAACGCUAAAAUCGAGGCGGCAAGGCGAGAUGAGAUCUAACAUUCGGAACGGAAAAUGGGAAUUUCGAGAAAAACCCUGUUGGGAGCAGUUGUAAAGGUAAUCAUCGUCAUUGCUUACCAUCAGGCAAGAUAAUGGCCAAUGCCAAAAAAAAACCAGUGCCAAAAAUUACUUAUCCCAAAAA